AUGCCCCGCUCGCUCCCCCGCUGUCCGCCGGGCUUCACCGACCACAUCUUCACCACAGCCCACGGCGUCAACCUGCCUCUGCGCGUAUGGCCACCGGCACGAGGCAAGAGUGCACUUGCGGCCGACUUGACGCCGAGCGGCAGGGUCCCGUGGCUGCUAUGGGUACACGGCGGUAUGCUCUCGGGGUUGGCAGGAGGCUACACCUGCGGUAAAUGGACGACACCGACGGCGUGGGUGUCGCGCGCGUUCAGCGACAGGGGGUAUGCGGUCGCGUCUGUCGGAUACCGCCUGCAGCCGCACGCGAGCCUGGCCGACAUGGUCGGGGACACGGUCGCGGCCGCGCACUGGUGUCGCGCCAACCUCCCGUCCCUCGUCGGCGCGGACCCGGACGGCUGGGCCGUCGGCGGCGCGUCGUCGGGCGCGACGCUGGCGGGAAUGGCGGCGCACAUUGUCCAGCCGCCGCCCAAGGCCUUUCUGAACGUGUACGGCCUCGUAGACGUGGCCAACUACCGCUCCGAAGAGGCCGGGCGCGACGCCGCCGACUGGCCAUACCUCGUCGCGAGCGAGGACGAGCUCGCGCAGUACGUGGCCGACGGGCUGGCCCACCCGCACCUGGCCCAAGUACAGAACCCGUGGGCCGAGGAGAUGCCGCCGCACGUCUCGCUCGACGAGGCGCGGCAUAACCUCGGCCUGCCCGAUUUCACACCCACGCGCGACCACCUCCGCCGCGUCGACCUGUACACGUACGUCGCCAAGCACCGCAACUUGAUCGAUAUCAUCUGCCGGCGCGACCAGUACAAGGACGACGAGGCAGGAUACAGGCUGCAUAUGGAGAACCUGUCGCCGCACCACGUGUUGCAUUACAAGGACACGUUCCCGCCCACUUGGUUUAUGCACGGGACAAGCGACAACAUUAUCCCCGCGGACCAGAGCCGCCGCAUGGCUGACAAGCUCAAGGAGAUGGGAGUGGCUACUGGGGAGCAUUGGGAGGAGGGUGCGGGCCAUGUGUACGACUUUGCCUUUGAGACACCUGACGAUGCCGGGUGGAAGGAGAAUGUCGAGCCCGCGAUGGACUUUAUCGACUCGUGCGUCAAGGGCAACAGGUAA